CAAGUGUUUGGGUAGUGUUGAUAACGUGUUCGUCUGGAAACCCAAACGAAGAGCAGGAGGGGUUGAAAGAAGAACCAUACACACAAUGGCUGCUGUAACAACUCUUCAGAGCAGGGAAAUUCCACCUUCAAAGCCAGAAUUGCAGCCACCGCCACCUAGAGCCGAGAUGGAGAUCACUUACACUGGCAACACAGGGAAUGAUAUGGGGAUAUCAACGAUGGGAUUUAGAGCUUCGAAAUAUUCCCCAAACGAGUGGCAUGAGACCAAUUAUGGAAAAUAUUAUCAUUCUUUCGCCGACCGUGAUAAUGCAGAGAGAAUCCGACAUGAAUCUAAAAGGUGCGCCAACGAAACGGAGGCAACCACCAACAAAACACAGGCGGAGGUCACAAAAAAAUUAGGAGAACGCAUUCAGGACAUUAAUUUCUGGAAAUUCGAAUUAGAAAGGGAGAUUCGAGAUGUAAUUUCAGAAACAGAUGUGCUGUUAGAUCAGAAAAAGCGUCUCGAGAAUGCCCUUCGAGCAACUGAAAUUCCUCUCCACAUCUCGACAGAUAAUCUGAACUGUCGUCAGAGGCGUACAGGAGUGGACUUAGUCCAAGACAGUGUUGAAUUGGGCCUUUUAAAGGAGGUAGAAAUGAUUAACAAUGUACAAGAUUUGCUAAGGAAGACCACAGACCAAGCAGAAAAACAGAUUAAAUUGAACAGAGAAGCAAAACAGAAUCUUGAGAUGGACUGGAGUGAUAAGAAAGAUGCCCUAGAAAUUGAUACAGCCUCUGGUGCUUUGAGAAAUGGACACACAAAUAAGCAAUUCUAUUCUGGAGCUGCGAAAUUUGAAGAAAUUCAGUCAACACCCGAGUCAUGGGCACAGUACACACAUGAUAACAUUGUGAAGGCGGAACACGAGAGGAUGGCAUCUAUUCAAUUGAGACAGAUGAUUGAUAAUAUUCUGGAGGACACAUCUCGUGACAUGAGGGAACAGUGUGAUACUGUCGACCUCAACUUCCAGAAGAGGAUUGAAGAAAUGGAAGAUGCUAAGACAAAGAUGGAGGAAAAUCUCCAGAAGAUUUGUGAUGAAAUUGCUCAAAUGGAAAAGAAUAUUGAUAUGCUUAGGAAAGCAAUCCGCGAUAAGGAGAAUCCUAUGAAGGUCUCCCAGACCAGAUUGGACAACAGAACGUUCCGGCCUGGAGUCGAGCUCUGCCGAGAUCCAGUGCAAUACAAGUUGGUCGGUGAAGUGAAUGAGAUCAGUCAGUCUAUUGAUGCCCUGACAGAGAGGUUGAACAACUCUGAGAAUUCCAGAAAGGAUCUCCAAGACAACAGGAUGGCAUUGGAAAAGGAAAUUUCUACCAAGAAAAAUAGCAUUUUCAUUGAUAGAGACAAAUGUGUGACGGUACGAACCAGGUACCCAACAACCCUAAAACUGCAGGGAUACCAGUAAAUUGAAAACUUGAGAACACUUUCAACUGUUGUCUGUUGACUUAAUUCCUCAUCAGUAUUCAGGGUGCCCUGGGCUGAAUUCUUGAUAACUUAUAUCCAAAUCACCCAAUAAACACUGUCAAUUUUCGUAUCAUUCCAUGCUUCUUUGAUCGACAGUUUGCACUGCACUUCGUUAUCCUUAAAUGGAAAUCAUCAAUUUUUGCUCUGAAUCAUGUGUGUUCUUUUACAUGUUACUCAUAAUCCUAUUCCUGGGUUCAA